GAGUAUUGUUUCAACUUAGGAAAGCUGACCUCCUGUUCGACACACUGUGGCUUACUUUAGUUAAAUUCAACUGUCUGCAACUUGUUUGGUUAUUUGAUAAGAGACAUUGGAAGCAUUUUCCUUUUUCCAGAGGCAGAGACAUGUCGCAAAGGGCAUACAACGAGCUGUGGGCAGAGGCCCAGUUAGAGUUGAGCCGUCUGCUAACUGAGGAGCUGCCUGCUGAGCCACCUCAUCCAGAAAAGGACAGGGUAGUGUUCUUCCAGCGUCUGGCCAUGCUUUAUGUGCGCUACAUCCAAAUCUUCAGACAGCUGGAGAAGGUCUAUGACCAGGUGGUCCACCCUCAGAAGAGACAAGUAAUUCGGGCGAUGCUUGAUGGUGUCAUAGGCAGGGUGAUAGAGCUGAAGAAUGAAAUGGUGGAAAAAGAGUUUUCAGAGUACCACUACAUGGAUGACGUCCUUCACGACUUAAAGCUCAGACCUGCAGACCUUGAGAUCCCUAUCCCUCUCUACUUCAUCACUGAACGCAACAAAGAACUGCAAGAACGAAAGACUAUGCUCACAGAUAUCCUUAAAAUGGCGGAGGUUACUGAAAGCCCAGAACCUCUAAUGGUCAAAGACAUGAGUCAAGAGGAGGCCAUUAAGAUUAUUCAAGUGGUGGAGAGGACCCGCCAAGGACGUUUGAGGGCAAAGUUGAAUGAAGAGAGCAGAAAUAUGAACAAGAUGUACAGGACCAAGGACUCUGGAACAGUUAGCAUUGAGUCGGCUGCAGUCUGCAUUCAGAAGGUGUGGAGGGGCUACAUACAGCGGAAGAGGGCAAAGAUUGCUCGAGAUGAAGAAAUGAUUUUUCUAGGAAUGGUCAUGGAUCCAAAAUACCGAGUGCCAUACCCUGCGGAAAUCACUGCCCAGGCCAAUCAAGCUUACACGCACAUUAAACAGGAAGAGCAUGAGGAAGACUACCAAAAGUCAAUAGAAGCUGUCACAAAACAAUUACGAGAUGUGGAGGGUCAUGACAUGAGCAAGACAAUGAAAGACCAAAUUCGGCAGUGGUUCAUUGAAUGCCGUGAUGCUACCGGAACAUUUCCAGACUACCCUGAUGAAGAAGAUGGUGGCUCAGCUAUAAUUUUUGCAGAAAAGACCCCUCAGCAGUUAAUGGAAGAAAUUGCUGAAAAGGAAGAGGUGGAUUCGAGCAACAAACCAAAAGGGAAGGAGGAAAAGAAGGAAAAGGGGAAAAAAGACAAGGGGAAAGAUGAAGAAGAAGAAGAGGAGGCAGGGUUGAAGAUGCUUCCUUCAGCUUUUCUGUCAGACUUGGAAGUGGGAAACAAAACCUAUACAGAUGUUUGGAAAACCCGCAAUGAAUCUAAAAAUUUCAGCCAGAGGCACGAGGUGGAACUGAUCAAAGAAGAAAAGAGGAAAGUCAUUGAGACAGAGAUUCGAUUGCAGGUAGAUGAGCAGAUGAGACAAGAGCUGGCUGACUGGAAGCUAGCUGUGGAUAAAGACAAGGGUGGUAAAACCAAAGGAAAUGCAAAGAAAAAGAAAGGAUCUAAGAGUGGAAAGAAGAAGAAAAAGGAGAAAGAUCUGACAGCUGAUAGGACUCUUGAGUCUCUCUGUCAGGAGCUGGUGGAACAGGGCUUGUUGAAAAAGGCAAAUAAUGUUGGCCUGCAGGAUUACUUGGGCGACUAUAGCUACCUUGGGACAACACUGAGGCAAAAUGACAUUGAGCCCAUGCCUUCACUGUCAGAUGUGCGACAAGUCUUAACUCUAUAUGCAAUCUUACCAUUAGGCUCUCAGGUGGUACACGAGAAUGCUCCUCUGAUAAAGGCCAUCCUGCUGACAGGACCGGGAGGUGUAGGUAAGAAGAUGUUGGUCCAUGCAAUCUGCCACGAGACAGGUGCCAACCUGUUCGAUCUGUCACCUCUGAACACGGCAGGAAAGUACCCAGGCAAGAGUGGCCUCGCCAUGAUGCUUCACAUUGUCUUUAAGGUUGCGAGACUGCUGCAGCCUUCAGUAAUAUGGAUUGGAGAUGCAGAGAAAAUGUUUUAUAAGAAAGUUCCCAAGGAAGAAAAAGAGUUAGAUCCUAAGCGGUUGAAGAAAGAUUUGCCCAAGUCCCUUAAGUUGAUCAAAGGGGAAGAUCGUGUUCUGAUAGUAGGAACAACUAAAGACCCUCUUAGUGCUGAUAUUAAGUCACUGUGCAAAAUGUACAGCAAAAUCAUCCUCAUCCCAAGACCUGACUACGGCUCAAGAUACAUCUUGUGGAAGCAACUGAUUCAAAAGAAGGGAGGUGAGGUAACCAAGGUCCUGGACCUCAGCUCUCUUGCCAAGAUUUCUGAUGGCUACACUCCAGGUCACAUGGUCCAGGUGGUCCAGAGCGUUGUCACGAAGCGUCGCAUCCUUCAGCAGGCUAACAGACCCCUGACUGCUGCUGAGUUUGUUGCUCCUUUAGCCAAGUUUGACCCUGUGUUUCAGGAAGAGGAAGAAGCCCUUAAAAACUGGUAUGCAAAGACCCCCCUGGGAAAGAAGAGAAUUAAGGCUGCCACGGGAAAGGAAGAAGAAGAAGCCCCGGUUAAAGGCAAAGAUGCAAAGAAGAAAGGGAAAAAAUAGUUUGUCACCCUUUUUUAAUCGCAGCUGAAUGUAGUUAAAUAUUUAUUGAAGCUCGAAUGAGAAUUAGCUGAUGAAGACAACACUGUCCCACUCCCUACAAAAUAAAUACAAAAUUGAAUAAAAAGUGAGUUUUCCAACACCAUGAGAGCAGGGUUUAAGGAUGCAGUGAAACGCCUGUUCAUGUUGUAAUGGUAGAUAAUAUGAUGUAAAGGUGAUAAAAUCUUCUUUGUACUAUUACUAAAACUUAGUUUAAGGAGACAGAACACCACAGCUCACAUCCUACGAAUAGGAUUUUGUACAUUCAUAUGGGAAGGUGCUAACAUCUGUCUUGUAAUCAAAUUAAGAGUUCCUCUAAUGAGAACAUAAAUAGUCAUUAUAUUUGUGUUGUCACUUAUUGAAUGUCAGCAUUGUGUACUAUCUCUAUCGUAUAUUUUAUGUGAUGCUUUAAAAAUUGUCCUAACUACUUCCUGCAUGUGAUUACAUAUAUGUUUGGAGUGGAUCUACUGGUUGACUGAUCCUUAUGAAAUAUUUACCUCAGUAACAUAACCCACCAAAGGCGCUCAUAUGCCUCCAACCAAACUACAUACUUUAUAAGAAUGUGAUCUAAAAUAAAUGAAGUGGCAUGGCUCUGGAGGACAAACUCCUAUGGCUAUAGUUAUCAGACCCAAGGCCACGCUGUAAUUAGACAUGCCAAGAUUGUCUGUUUUAUUUGCUUCAUUCAAGGGCAUCCAAUGUUUUUGCUGUAUGGCUAUAGCUGCCUGGCUAUGACACUUGGUUGUGAGUACCACAUUUGGGAUGUUGCUGACAGAAAUAAAACUACCAUCAUGUUCUUAUACCCAACAGCGGGGUGAAGUGUUUUUGUGGGUCACCUAGUCUGGGCCCAUUAUUAAAUGACUACUGUAGG